CUUUUUACCCUGUAUAUAUACCCCCACACAUGCAGCACUCCUAUACAUCCUCAUUUGAGUCAUUGCCCAUCUCUCUCUCUCUCUCUCUCUUUCUCUUACAGACACACACACACACAUGGCAGAGCUAGACUACCAAAGUACUAAACCAAGCAAUAAUACUUCCACCACCACAACCACACGCUUAAAGCUCUUUGGCUUCAACGUCCAUGAAGAUGAAGAACCCGUAGACUCCGCCAAGACCCCAUCUGGGUCACCGGAUUCGAACUCUUUCCCUCCCUCCGGUGACCGGAAAUACGAGUGCCAGUACUGCUGCCGAGAGUUUGCCAACUCACAAGCCCUCGGUGGCCACCAAAACGCUCACAAGAAAGAGCGACAACAGCUCAAGCGGGCCCAGCUCCAAGCCACCCGAAACGCCGCCGUCGCGUACGUUCGCAACCCCAUCAUAUCGGCUUUUGCGCCUCCGCCGCACCUCCUGGCUCCGGCUGGCACAGUUGUGGUCCCGGCUGGCUCGCCGACGGGUCACCCCUCUUGGGUCUACCUGCCACGCGCCGUGCCCCCGUUCCACGUGUCGCAUGGUAGUGUGUUUUCCACGAGCAGUGGUACUGGUUCUAGUCCUGGAACGGGUGGGAGAGGUUCAGCGAUGUUAUCAUGUGCCGGCGCUGUAGGGGAUUCGUCGGCAUUGACGAUGGGCUCGCAGGUAGUACAGAGCCGGGCCCAUGGGAGGAGUGACGGGCCGUCGUUAAGUAGGUUCUCGAAAGGGGAUAGCGGGCCUGGUUUCGAAGAUGCAUUGGGCUUGGACUUGCAUCUUAGCCUUGCGCCGGCUGCGCCAUGAGUUCGGCUUGGAUGGAUGAUUAUUAAUUAAGCUUAAUCACCAAUUGCUUGGGUUUGGGAGAGAGUCGAGACUCCAAAACUAAAAGAGAGUGAGAUGGCUUAGGGCCAUGGCUCGCUCGCUUAGCUGAGAAUUCAGAAUAGCUCAUGCUUGUACAUUCCCACAUUUAUUUAUUUUUUCUUAAAGGAAGGUGAUUUGGAUAGCACAA